AUGAGGGUGCUCAGCUCUCCUGCUCAAAUCGGGCCACACUGCUACGGGAACGGGCACUUGUAACAUCGUCACAUCAUGCUCCCAAUCACACUGCCACUUUCAUAGGGCACACAUCCAAUUUGGUUGCUUCACGCGCGGAAAACUUCAUCUCUAGCUUACAUUUCUACAAAAAUUGACGGCAGAUAAAAUGAAUUUAAUUUUAAGGGGAAAAUUAUUGAACUUGUACAAAAAUAGUGGAUUCGACAGAUUUUCUAUGAUCCUCUACAUGAAACAUCUUAGUAGCAAGCGUGGAAUUGCUCUUUCGAUGCAGUAUCGAGACUGCUCAUCUAUAACAGCGACAAAUAAGUCCGAGAAUGAUAAGCCACUAGUGAACAAGGCUGGUGAAGAGAAACCGACGACCAGAAAAUCCAAAACGCUGAGGGCAAAAACUCCUAUUGGAAAAUUGGACGAAUUAGAAGAAGGACGACAUCCAUACCAAGAGAAAGAGCCAUUGCCACCAUGGCCAGAUAACACGAAUCCACAUACUGGGGAAAUUGGAGGACCACGAGGUCCGGAACCAACUAGAUACGGAGACUGGGAACGGAAAGGACGAGUCAGCGAUUUCUAAUCAAGCAGAGUGAUUUAAAGGACAACAAUGGAACUUGUUAUUUCCUAAAUCUUUCUUCUCUUGGUUAUUAUUAUUAUACACUUACUUGCAAAUAAAAUAUACAUAGAAUUAUUA